AUGGAGCAGGGCAUAAAAGAGGCUGCGCAGCAAUGCGUCGACCUCUUCACACAGUGCUUGGAAAAUCCACCACUCAUGGAAAACGAGUGGGCUGAGAACCGCCUUGCCGAUAUGAACUUAUGGAUAUCAGGCACCGGAGCCUGCGCCAGAGGACGAGCUUCUUUGGACUCGAGACUAGCUUCGAGGCCCGAAGCUCAUGAUGUGAUCGUCAAUUUAUUGCGCCUGCUAAGUACUAUGAUUGACGAAUGUCUAAAACGAAGCAAAGCACAAGAUCUUUCGCACAUUUUUCACAAUGAGGAAGACCCUACCUUUUCUGAGCACGAAGGACAAGGGCGAUCUUUUUCCCCAUGGUCCGAUGAUUCCAGCUCUGAUGAACAGUCGACAGACCGUCAUGAGUCGCGGAAUCCGUCCGGGAACCUGUUGUAUGAGUCAAUGUAUGACAUUGAGUCGAUGAUGGAUCAACUUUCCCGGGUCGCAGUUGCCAUUCGUCGCUCCGGACGACGUUCACGGCUGCAAAAGGCAGACCAACUGUUUAACGCAUCAGAGUAUCAGGAGCUGGAAGGCCACCUUGUCGGAAUGUUACUCUGUCAAUUAAAUGGUCGUAUCCAAGCAAGAGACCCAUCACAGUUGGAUGAAGUACAAUUGCGAUUGGUACACUGCAACCUAAAGCGUCGAAAUCGCUUUUUGUAUUCUCAAAGACACGCCAUGGGUCUGAAUGCUGGCUACGUACGUCGCACACCUGUACCGAAGCCAGCUGGAUCAGCACAGAAGGAGAUACCUCAAGAAAAACCAAGUUGGGAAUCCUCAAAUAAUAGCCCAAUGCACGCCAACAACACCGUAAUCACUGGAACCAGUGCCUCCAGAUUGUCCGAUGGCUUUCAGUUACCACAACCAGGCCACACACUACACCAAAUAGACCACGCUAAAUCCGUCACGCUUUCCGCAGUAUCAAACACUGCACUCGAAGUAGAUUACCCGCGCCCGCCUCAGCUCAAAGAUGAUGCGCGGCUCUUUCGGUGUCCCUGUUGUUGCGAAGCACUCCCUGCACAAAUGACAGAUGAAAUCAGGUGGAGUAGGAAACAUAUUGAAGAUGAUUUGAGCCCCUACACCUGUGUUUUGGCCAGUUGUGAUCAGCCUUAUGUCCUCUUCAAUACAAAGGAUAGUUGGCGACAGCACAUGCUGAAGGAUCACAGCAGCAUGACAUAUUGGACCUGCUUUGCAUGUGGUGAUGGGUCUCAGUUUUCAAACAGGGAGGCCUUUGUACAGCAUACAGAGUCCUUUCAUGCUGCGACCGUUCCACUAGCCCAUAUACCAGUCCUGGUGGAGUUGUCAAAAAAGACAAUACCAUCAGAAAUCCGACACUGUCCACUGUGCAAUUGGCCAGAAGACGACGAAGUCGAAGUGGAAAAAGACGCACUGUUCAAUCGAAUCACUAAGGAGGUCCACUCUUUCUCGCUCCGGGCAUUACCAUGGGCGGAUGAUAACGGACAAGAGAGUAUUGAAAAUAUUCACAACAGCUCUGAAAAGGUCUACGACUGGCUGAGCAAGAAUAACAUCCAGAAAGAACCUAGUAUAGAACGACCUCCCUGCAAGGAGAGGUCAUUGUAUGAUGACUAUUUCCAGCAGAAUUCAUAUUUUGCUUGCAGCUCUGAAGUGUCGUCUUCAUUUGAGCUUAAUUCUGACAGAUCAAGGCAAAUGGAACUGGACAAACUUAGAAAGGCGGAUCAGAUAAAGUCUCAGGGACAGAAGGGUGGAGCAUAUGCAAAAUCAGAACGUCAUUCCCGGACGCCUAGUACACAUGGAGAUGAUGGAGAGCGGGUUGAGGAGCCUAAGAAACCCAUGGAAUCUCGCAAGAUCGAGCUUAGAGAAGAGCAUCAUGACACUAGGCAAACAUCUUCAGAACCUUCGACCAUCAUCUGUCCGCAGAACUUGAAAGAUUGCUGGUCGGAGCACGCCUAUUUCUGGGGCCCCUCCCCGGAUUCGAGGACAGAGGUGGAUGUUCUUUUUGACAUAAAUGUUACUGCCAAUUUUAUGUCUCUCAGAGCCGCGCAGGAACUUGAAAUCCCAUUCCAAUCCAUUCCGGCGAAGGUCUUGGCCCCCCUCCCCUUUGAUGCAGGAAAUCAAACGAGUCUUAUGACAGAAUUUCAAGUUGAGGUAAACUGGCGUUUUGCAUGGCAUGACGCGGUUUAUACAUCUAAAUUCUUUGUCGUGGACACGGAGAUGUACAACGUAGUUAUUGGGAGGGAUGAUGAUUCUAAACUCGAACUCAAUGAUCUUAGACGUCGGAAAUCAGAAGAGGAGACUUCAGAAGAGGAGACUGUGUAUAUAAUGAUAAAAAGACCACUGAAACGGGAGGUGAAGCAGGAGGACGUGCCCGUAAGACCGGACAAUCGUCGGUCACUGGGCGCAAGGUUGAGAUCAUUGUUUGAAAGGAAACCGGGCUGA